UUACCAAAACGCUCUAUUGUACCUAAUGUUGUGUUCUUCAGUUCCUUUCCAAUUCCUUGUGCAGCAUCUUUGACUAAAUCAGCACCCCAUGCACCAAAUUGUCUCACAGGAGCCGCUAUUGAUGGUGAAGGAGAUGGAGAUGGCGAUGGAGUUGGUGAUGGUGAAGGAGAUGGAGAUGGUGAAGGAGAUGGAGUUGGCGAUGGUGUUGCUGCUUUCGCCUUUCUAUCAGCUUCUUCCUUAGCCUUUCUAUCUGCUUCUUCUUUCGCCUUUCUAUCUGCUUCUUCCUUAGCCUUACGAGCUUUUUCUUUCUUCUUAAGUUCCUCUAGUUCUUUACGUUCAGCUUCUUCUUUCGCCUUUCGUUCAGCUUCUUCCUUAGCCUUACGAGCUUUUUCUUUCUUCUUAAGCUCCUCUAGUUCUUUACGUUCAGCUUCUUCUUUCGCCUUUCGUUCAGCUUCUUCCUUAGCCUUACGAGCUUUUUCUUUCGCCUUUCGUUCAGCUUCUUCCUUAGCCUUACGAGCUUUUUCUUCAUAA